AUGACUGGGGCUAUUAUUCCUGCAAUUGUAUUUGUUGAUACAACCGUUAGCCCAAAUUCGGUAAAUGUCCCAGAAACAAAAGAUUGGAUGAAAGCAGGAUAUGUGACAUCAGUUAAAAAUCAGGGGACAUGUGGAUCUUGCUGGGCAUUUUCAGCCGUUGGAGCCAUCGAAGGACAACGUAAAAAACCCAUUUCAUUAUCUGAACAACAGCUUGUUGAUUGUUCAUCUAGUGUUUUCAACGAACCAAACUGUUAUGGAAAAAGAGUAAGUCAUUGUGUACUGGUAGUUGGAUAUGAUACAUAUGGUGGAAAUGAUUAUUGGCUAGUAAAAAACAGCUGGGGAAACAGAUGGGGAGAUAAAGGCUACAUAAAAAUGUCUAGAAACAAUAACAACCAGUGUUCCAUAGCGACCUACGGCGUUAUACCAGUAGUGCAGCAUAUAUUAGAUAAGACAUUAUAG